GGUAUUUUGUCUCAGCAACGAGAGAAAAGUAACCGAGACAGCCCCUUUGUGGGGUGUGAGUGUGGGAAAGUCAGCUCACCGCCAGGAGCCUCAGCUUCCCUCUCUGGACAAUGAGCGGUGACGGUGUCAACCUCACAGGGCUGGUGUGAAGGUGGGAUGCGUGCCCACAGAGGAGUGCAUGCCUGUGGGCACCGUUGGGAAUGCCCGUGAGGACUGGCCUUCCCUGGCAUGAUUUUACCCAUAAAGCCCCAGGCAGGACCUGCCCCCCAGGAAGCUGAGAGACGUCUGGGACAAAAUGCAUCCAAAUGCAAUAGUGCUGCAACUCAAGGGCAAACCCCUCACUACUUGAAACUGUCGCUGGCACUCCUGUGGUUGGCGUUUCCUGCCCGUUUUCUUCUUCAAUGGUGUUCGUUUUUGUCUUGGGCGCUUGGGCGGAGGAGCAGCCUGUGAUUGGCAGGAGAGCCAGGUUCCCAGCGGGGAGGGCUUUCCUCAGUCUGGGAUGGGGGCAGCAUCCCCUGAGGCAAGCAGGUGAGGCUGGAUGAGAUGGCGUGUGGUUGAGGAUGUGGUUUUUUCUUUGAUCUCAGUGAAUCUGGACUGUGCUUCUUUCUCUAUUUACUGCCACUCGGGGACCUCGUACCGAUUUGUAUUUACAGCAAGUCAGAUUUCGUGUUUCAAACAGGAUGCCCAGGCCUGGGAGCUGCAGCAGACCUCAGCCCAGGCCCUGUGCCCCUCACCGAAGCCGGCUCUGUUUCCUCCCUUGGGGCUGACGGUGAGGGGCCUGAGCCCUGGCUGGAGACUGACCUGGAGGGACUGUGCUUUCUGCUGUUUCUUAUCUGCUCAUAUAUAUUUCCUUAGUCUCUACCUGAACCAUGAGAGCGAGCCACCGCCUCUCCUAUGGAUUUGUAGGGAUUCCAUGGUGCCAGGACUGGGGGGAGCCAGGUUUGGGAAGUGAAGAUCCACUGGCCUGGCCCCAGAGGAACCACAGCAACUAGCAGGGUGUGUGACACACAGUCGCAAAGCACGGGGUCCGCCCCGUCAGCCCUGAGCGGGUGAAGGCACAGGCCAGACAGCGAAGGCAAGGAUCACCCCUUCUGGUACCUGCUUCUCUAGUACAGAUUCGGAACCCCCUGGUCCAUUAAUCAAAUGCGUGUUUGAAGUCCAAGUACAGUUCAGCUGUAGGAACAGAAAGCCAGAGGACGUGGGAUCUCCUGAGGAGGGUGGCGGCAGAGCACGGGUGCGGGGAAUAAAUCAGCUCAUUCAGGUAAAAGGCGCGGCGCUUCGGAAGCGCGCGGUGGAUGAUGGCGGAGUCACUGCUCCCGUCUCGGUGUUGUAACUCAGACUUAGGGAAGCUCGUUGAGGUCAGCAAACUUCCCGGUCCACCUCUGCUCUGCGUUUCAGGUAGCUGCUCUGCUGUCUGCUGUGAGGCUGUGGAAGAAGGCCCGCCUUCCUGGCUGUCCCUUUGGAGCUGUGCUUUUGACCUGGAGGCUUGGGGCUGAGCCCCCCACCUGCCCUCCAGCCCAGUCACUGAGCAGGCUGCUGCCCACUGGGCCCUGCACGGGGCCGGACUGCUGGACCCCUGCUGGCUUGGCCUGGCGACCCUGGUGGCUGCAGACUGUCCAGCUUGGGACGGCCCCUCUUUGACCUCGUGCCUUGGAGAAGCAGCCCCAUGAAGGUGGCCAGCCAUGCAAUGCUCCUGGAAGGCCGUCCUCCUCUUGGCCCUGGCCUCCAUCGCUAUCCAGUACACGGCCAUCCGCACUUUCACAGCCAAGUCCUUCCACACCUGCCCUGGGCUGGCCGAGGCCGGGGUGGCCGAGCGGCUGUGCGAGGAGGGUCCUACCUUCGCCUACAACCUCUCUCGGAAGACCCACAUCCUCAUCCUGGCCACCACACGCAGCGGCUCGUCCUUCGUGGGCCAGCUCUUCAACCAGCACCUGGACGUCUUCUACCUGUUUGAGCCCCUCUACCAUGUCCAGAACACGCUCAUCCCCCGCUUCACCCAGGGCAAGAGCCCGGCUGACCGGAGGGUCAUGCUGGGUGCCAGCCGCGACCUCCUGCGCAGCCUCUAUGACUGUGACCUCUACUUCUUGGAGAACUACAUCAAGCCGCCCCCUGUCAACCACACCACUGACAGGAUCUUCCGCCGAGGGGCCAGCAGGGUCCUCUGCUCCCGCCCCGUGUGCGACCCCCCGGGGAACCCCGACCUGGUCCUGGAAGAGGGGGACUGUGUGCGCAAGUGCGGCCUCCUGAACCUGACUGUGGCCGCAGAGGCCUGUCGCGAGCGCAGCCAUGUGGCCAUCAAGACGGUGCGGGUGCCCGAGGUGAACGACUUGCGGGCCCUGGUCGAAGACCCCCGCUUGAACCUCAAGGUCAUCCAGCUGGUCCGAGACCCCCGUGGCAUUCUGGCUUCCCGCAGCGAGACCUUCCGCGACACGUACCGGCUGUGGCGGCUCUGGUACGGCACAGGGAGGAAGCCGUACAACCUGGACGUGACGCAGCUGACCACGGUGUGUGAGGACUUCUCCAACUCCGUGUCCACUGGCCUCACACGGCCCUCGUGGCUCAAGGGCAAGUACAUGCUGGUGCGCUACGAGGACCUGGCCAGGAACCCCAUGAAGAAGACUGAGGAGAUCUAUGGGUUCCUCGGGAUCCCCCUGGACAGCCAUGUGGCCCGCUGGAUCCAGAACAACACGCGGGGCGACCCCACCCUGGGCAAGCACAAGUACGGCACGGUGCGGAACUCGGCUGCCACAGCGGAGAAGUGGCGCUUCCGGCUCUCCUAUGACAUUGUGGCCUUCGCCCAGAAUGCCUGUCAGCAGGUGCUGGCCCAGCUGGGCUACAAGAUGGCCAGGUCGGAGGAGGAGUUGAAGAACCCCUCCAUCAGCCUGGUGGAGGAGCGAGACUUCCGCCCCUUUUCGUGACGUGGGCGUGCGGUGGGGUGGGGCAUGGGGGUGGUUUUGAUGACAUGGACCAUUUCUAACUGUUGCCUUAUUCCCCCCUCCCCCUGCCCCGUCCCACCCUAUCUUUAUGUCCUUCCUGUCCCCUGCCCGCCCCACUCCCUCCUGCCUCUUUUUGUCUCUGAAAUUUGCACUAUGUCUUGGAGGGCAAUCCCUGGGGCAGAGGGCGUGAGAAGUGAGGGACACCCCCACCCCACCCCGUGCGGACACGCGGAUGUUGGGUCUCUCGGUGGACCGUGACGAUGUUUACAAGCACCCCACUCACAUAUCCACACGCGCACAUGGGCACCGGCGGGAGAGGCACCCCGGCCCCCAACCUCCAAGCUUCUGGGACAGAUGAGUGUGGGCCUGGUGGUUUUGUACUGUCUUUUUAACUUCUGCAAGGGAAGGGGGUGAAAAUGAAGGACCACCUCUUACUGACAUAGGAAGGGGUCUCUCCCUCCCCGCUCCCUGCUUCCGGCCCCUGACAUCCAUCUCCUCCCCUAGAGCAGAGAUAGCCCCCCGCCCUUGCCUGUCAGGGAGCAGGUUCUAACUGUGAGGUGAACAUGGGCCUUGUUGAUCUUCUCCAGUCUGUGGUGAUGCUGUCUGUCUGUCUGUCUGUCUGAAUCUCGUGGCUGCCCCCGGACCGGCGAUGACGGAUGAGUCUUCUUGUUACGAGUUUCUGGUUGAUCUUGGGGUCCAUCUGUGAAAUUUCUUUGUGCCAAAAAAAAAAAAAAAAAAAAAAGUGGAUCAGUUUGCUAAAUGAACAUUGAAAUGCUUUACCUGUGUUUUCUGUAAAUAAAAGUGUGCAAUAGUA